AUGCAAGCUGUAGCCAUUAGCAUAGAAGUCAGUCCUCAACCCGCCAAAACCCGUCGUGGGGCGUCGGCAAUUGAGGGGAACAAAAGGGCUUAUCCAGUUAAGGGUUCAGCCAUCAGAUUACCUGCCUCGCCGCUCAAAGCCGGAGUCACUCUGUGUGCUGUGCCGACACCCUCGCCGCUCGUCGGUCUCGCUCGCAGAGCAGCCGCCACAACACUCGCCGCACGCAGUCGCCACUCACCGUGCCGCCACCUCGCCUUUUGCCUCUCGCCGUGCCGCCGCCUCGCCGCCGUUUCUGAGUUUUUCUAUCGUUUCGCCGCUCGUUUCAGUUCAACCGUCGUUACCUCGGGCUCGGAGUUACUCUUGGUCCCGCUGACUUGCCGAUUGCCGCCCGCUGCUCAAUCCUCGAAGCCCAAAGGUCUAGCUUCCCCGUUCUUCGCAAUUCCGAAUGGAAAAUACGCCGUUCACUGUCGCAGUCUCGCAGAGGCUUGA